UUGGCGACUACGUUUUGUGGAAGCAAGAGAGACGGAACAAACUCACCCCUAAUUUCAAUGAAACACCCCACAUUGUCAUCUCGCGAAACAACAACACGGUGACAGCACGUAGUCAGACAGGACACACUAUAACUUGCAAUGUAUCACACUUCAAGCCAAUACCGAAGCCAAAGAUUGAUGUUCAAGUCGACGACGACGAUGACAGUGAAACAUAUGACGCGGAAAGGACCGAACGAGACAGAGUUUACACUAGUAACCCUGAGCCAAGACGAUCGACAAGGAAUGUCAGGCAACCAGAACGAUAUGGCGAGGGAAUUCCCUCGUCG